GAAAGUAAAAAGCAACAGAAAACGAAAGGACAGACAGGCGAAAUACGUCGUAUCAAACAAAAGAGAAAGACGCGCUGUCUUCUGUGCUGACAAAGUGCCAAAUGAACUUUGAAUGGCUGCUGAGCCUAACAAAGAACACAACACCUGUUUUGAAUUAACUAAGAGAAUGCUUAUGCUUCUGUAUCCGUUGUCGUUCUUGACAGUCGUCAGUGCAGGUUCUCACUCACUGAUGGCUUUGGCGACAUAUAUAGUUGGACAGACACCAUUUCCUGAGUUUACUGUUGUGCUGAUGUUGGAUGAUCUGCAAAUACUAUAUUAUGACUCAGUCACAUGGAAAGCUGUAUAUCGCUCUCACAAUGAUUCAAAAUAUUAUGAUGAAGUGCAAAGUGAUGCUGGUGUUGUAUUUCAUGACAUGUAUAACAGCAUGAAAAAUCGAGCAUUUUAUCUUAAGAAUCACCUAAAUUACACAGUUGGUGUGCAUGCUCAUCAGAGGCUUGCUGGAUGUGAAUUACUGAACAAUGAUAAACCAGGUCUACUCCGGACAUGGGAUGCUUUUGAUGGACAAAAUCUUGAGGAGUACACCUUUGACAUGGAAAAUAUCCAGAUAAAACAGUUAUGGAUAACAUGGAACCAAGUAAAACAGCUCCGUGUAAAGUUUCUGUGUGAACAUAUUUAUCAUCCUGUUUGCAUUAAAGUUUUGCGAAGGUACCUGAAUAUGGAAAAGAACAAUGUGAUGAGAAAAGUGAAACCCAGAGUCAGACUCAUGAGAAAGAAACUCACAGACUCUCAAGGGCUUCAGAUCAGCUGUCUGGCCACUGGUUUUUACCCCCGUCACAUUAACCUGACUCUGUUCAGAGAUGGUCAGCCUGUGGAUGAUGAUCAGAUCACAGGAGGAGAGAUUCUGCCCAACGGAGACGGAACUUACCAGAUGAGGAAGAGUUUGGUGAUCAGCGCAGAAGAACUACGUGAGGAACAUAAUUACAACUGCACAAUGAAGCGCCUCAAUCUGGAUAACAAACUGGACAUUACAUUUGAUGUGGAUGAAUCUGACCCAGGAUCCCUCAGUCCGUCUGCAGUUAUCAGUGUGCUGGUGUUAAUGUGUGUGACUGUUCUCAUCAUAACUGCACUCAUUAUAUGGAGGAAGAAGAGAUGUGCUGCUGGACGAGGUUCUGAGACAUCACAGUGUAAAUACACCCCUACUACAUCCUCCGUGCAAGAUGAAACAUGAAAAGUGAAUCUAUAUGGUCCCACAGCUAACCGUCGAUUAUCCCUUACUCAUUACAAAGUGUUUAAACAAUGUUUUUCAUGCUUGUUCGGUGAACCAUCAACAAUUUUUGCACAAUCACCUGUGGAAUUUGCAAGUGCCUUGAUGGAAAAGUGGAGUAACAUCUCACAGCAAGAACUAGUGUGAUGGAAAUUUUGAACUAAUUAAUAAUGAACUAACAUUUCUUUUCUUCUACAGGCCUAAUAAGCUAACUUUGAAGUAGAGAAAUAGUCACUAGGAAUGAGUGUUGUAACAAGUGGAAAAAUUCUGCUGUGCUGGCUAGACAGCAUCCUUCUAAGGAUAAAAAAUAGUCUUUGAAAAAUUGUUUUAACCUAUUGAGUAAUCUGAACUAUUAACCCGGUGAUAUUUUUUGAUGAUCUUGUGAUUCAGUUGUUCUAAUCUAAAUUUACUCCGCCAGUAAGCGGGGCAGAGGAACUGAGAUGUUUUUCUUAAAUCUGAACCAAUCAUAUUAAGACUGAUGAUUAUGAGUAAUAGAUCAUGCUAUACUGACUGUGAAAUGUACCUGAAAUCCUAUAAAACCUGCUGUAUUCCUUUGUUUGGAGAGAGAUUCUCUGGGCUUGAUGGGAACUCUCCCGGCUGUGAUUAAAGCUUUGAAGGACAAAAA